AUGGCUGAGAAAGACCAGCAGGCCUACGCAUCAACAAAUGGCUACACCAGAUCAAAUGAUCACGAAUCAGCCGGAACCACCUUCCAAUCCGAGGAGGAGCUGAAACGCCAGAAGAGAAGGAAGUUGUUUAUGUAUAUUGGUAUUUUCAUUGUCUUUCAAAUCAUAGUCAUGACCGUAUUCGGUCUCACUGUCAUGAAAGUUAAGACCCCUAAGCUCCGGUUGGGUAACAUCGAAGUCCAAAACCUCAACUUUACUUCCCAAACAUCACCUUCUUUCGACAUGACCUUCACAACGCAAAUUAGAGUCAAGAACACGAAUUUUGGUCCCUACAAAUAUGAUAGUAGCUAUGUCACGUUUUUGUACCAGGGGAUGCCAUUAGUGCAGGUUACAAUUCCUAAAGGUAAGGCUGGGUGGCGUUCCACUGAAAAAAUUGGAGCCACCGCGAUUUUGAAUUCCAAGGCAUUGCCGAGUGUUUCAAAUCUUGGCAGUGAUUUAGAUUCAGGGGUGUUGAAGCUGAGCAGCCAAGCAAAGAUUAGUGGAAAAGUUGAGUUGAUGUUUGUGAUGAAGAAGAAGAAAUCUGCAGGGAUGAAUUGCACCAUUGAAGUUAAUUUGGCAACCAAGGGGGUUCAGGCAUUGGAGUGCAAGUGA